AUGGCGAGCGGCGACAAAAACCUGCCUUCGACCUCGAAGCGUGAAGAGCGCAAGCGUCUGAUGGCCGAUCUGGCGAAAGCAGAGAAAUGUCCCCCGCGCUUCGUGACGCCGGCGCGCAAGCUGCCCAAACUGCCUUGGAUGCCGCGUGCUGGAUACGACGAUGAACUGGACCGGGAUAGCAAGAUGUUAAGGGCGGCGCAGAAUUAUUAUCCUGAGGGUGAGAGCGAUGGUAAAUGCAGUGAGUUCCCUCCGCUGCUGCAAGCCAAGUCGUGGACAAGAGGCGUGCCUUACCGCGAUAGUUAUGAUCACGCCAAGCCUGUGGAUUCUACUGCAAACUGCUACACUCCAUCAACAAAGACCAUGCGAACAAUUAAUAUGCCUCCGAAGCGCCGCAAGCCUCCGGUUCUGUACGGGCCUCUAAACGCGCGAGGAGAUAUGCAGUUCCCUCCUCUGAAGCCUUGGGAGGAGCGCGAAAAGGAACGCCUGGAGGCCCUCCGGAGGCAAGAGGCGAAUAAACAUAAGCUGCAGAAAGGUCUAGUGUUACUGGACGACUUAAUGACGGGAAAGUAUGAUAGGAUGAAAGCGGCAGAAGCAGAAGCGAAGAGGAAAAGAAAAGAGAAGAAGCAACAAGAGAAGGAGGCGGCGGAGAUAGCAGCCGCGGAGGCUUUGAAGAGACGUCUAGAGAAGAUGGAAUUCAAGGAGCCACGAGACGUGGACGACCAGAAGGUGGAGAUGUUAGCCACCACCGAGGAGGAACACUACCGAUUCAUUCGCCCGGAGGACCUGGAGCGGAUCAACUACUACUUGACCACGUCGAUAUCAGGAAUCCACAUUCCGGAGUUCCCAGAGGACCUAUACAAACGAGCGAAGACCAUGGUCGACAGACAGACGACGGAUAUCAAGAAACGGAUGCUCAACUUCUUGCACGUACUCUGCGUGCGACAGUGCCGCAAAGAGAUCCUGGAGUUCUUCGUCAUGGCUAUGAAGAGAUGUAUACUAGACUACGUGCUGAAGGACCCAGAAGAGUGCGUGCGGUUGAAGAUAGCGUUCCUGCCGCCGCUCUGGCCAGCCCACGUGUGCCGCGCGCCCGUGCCGUGGCACAACAACGUGCUGCUCGCGCGGCAAGCGAUACUCUACCGCUACUACGAGGGGAACCCCGUGCUCAUCGAGCUGCGCAGGAUCUGGUUUGAAAAAUACCAUGACAUGCUGAUCUGCGACAUGGACAAGAUGCAAGAAGGGCUACCGUUCCCGCAGUACCCGUCGGAGUUCGGAGAACGCCUGCAGAAGUUGUGCUCGGACACCAGGACAGAGCUCAACGAAAACUGGCUGAUAGAUGUAGCUGAUACUAUGAUCAAGUUGCGACAUCACUGGGCGCCGUAUGUUGCUAAGAAUAAAAAGGAGUCGCUGUUCCAAGUUGAGAAGUUCUUUGAAUGCAUUCACGGUUUGAUGUCGAAACAAAUCCGAGAUCUGGUCGAGCGAAGCGUGUACCACUUCGCUAGUUAUUUCUCCUACUACUGGGAAGGCAACGACUACGGCAAGGAAUACCAAGACUACACGUUCAUCAAGAACCCCCUGCUGCGUAUAAAGGUGGUCGCCCAUCCGGGCACUACCAACCUGACCUUCGAACCCACGUUGGACCAGUGCCGCAUUCUCAUAGUCAAGUGGUUCCAUAUGAUCAUCAAUGUCUGCUACCAGCUGCCUAGCGUCGACCGGAUUAUGUAUCCAGAGAACGCCCGCAAGAAACCACACCUCUUCACCGUGUACCCGGAUGAACCAUAUAUGAUUAAUGUCGUGAACGAGUGCGUGAGACACUUCAACGUGAACCGGCCCGGGCCUAUCUCGUUCCUGUCCCGCUACAAGGAGUACUACUACAUCCUGGAUGGUACAGCCUAUCAGAGCCUCAUGCAGUUCUUUGGACAGGAACCACCGCCUUAUCUUAAGGACUUCACAUCCCGGAUCUACAUGUACGAGCGUCUCCGCGACGAGAUACUGUUCCUCCGGCGCGACAUCCCUCUGAACAUGAUCAUGCUGGACUGUGGGCCCGUCAACGACGCCAUGUGGGACAUCGUCGACGGCCUGCGCCAGCACAUCGUCGACCACUUCAUACAGGUCAACAGGAAGUGGAACAGGGGCAUCUGCAACAUCUAUGAGGAGAUGGCGCAGCGCGCGUCGGACACUCCGGAGACGACGGCGCAGCUGGUGGAGCUGAUCAACUACAUCCAGGAGUGCCGCGACUGCACCAUGUUCGACUUGAGAGAGAAGGCGCGGACCACUGCCGAACACGUCCUGUUUCUCAUGCAGCACGCGCAUUUGAACUUCGAAGAUAUAAACCUGAACACUCGAGUGUUCCUCUGGCCUCUGGACAUGGAGGACACUAUAGACCUGACGUUAAAGACUUUGAACACAAAGAAGGCUAUGGCAGAAGACAAACUGAGGAGCAACAAGGCAAUCUUCGAGGAGAAGCUAAAGAAACACGAGAAGGAACUGGAACUAUUCAGGCGGUUCGACCCGCCGCUGCUUAAUAUCGAUCUGCUGAAGGAAACAGUCGCGAAAGUCGACGAAUUGUUGAAGAAUUUAAUGGAAGACAAGUACGAAGCGGAGGACAUAAUCAACGAGGAGCAGCUCCUGGACCAGGAGGUGUCGGUGUACUUCAGCUUGCAGAGUAUGUUGGCGGGCAUUGACCCCUUCCACAAGCUGUGGCACACUGCCUGCGAUUUCUACGAGGGCUAUGAGAUCUGGUACCACGGUCCAUUCCUCGGAUUGGACGCGGAGAAGAUAUCCGAAGACGUGGAGGCGUGGUGGAAGCUCCUGUACAAGCUUGGCAGACAGCUGUAUGAGUUCCCCGGCGCCAAAAGGAUCGCUGACAUGGUGCGGAGCAAGGUGGAGAAGUUCAAGGUCCUACUGCCGGUGCUCUGCGCUAUUUGUAAUAAGGGUAUGCGCGACCGCCAUUGGGCCAAGAUCAGCGAUCUGAUCGGCACCGAGGUGAUCCACGAGCCAGAGACGACCUUGGCAGACAUGGUUGAACAAGGGGUCCACGUAUACGCAGCCCAGUUGGAAGAGAUAGAACAGUACGCCAGCAAGGAAUAUUCUCUGGAGAAGGCCCUCAACAAGAUGAAAGAGGAGUGGGUCGGCAUCAAGUUCGAGAUUGUGCCGUACAGGGACACCGGCGUGGGCAUCCUAACGGGUCUGGACGACAUCCAACAACAGCUGGACGACCACAUCCUCAAGUCGCAGACCAUGCGCGGCUCACCAUACGUGAAGGCGUUCGAGGCUGACAUGAUCGCAUGGGAGGAGAAGCUGAUCAGCAUGCAGGAUAUCUUGGACCAGUGGUUGCAGUGCCAAGCCACCUGGAUGUACCUCGAGCCAAUCUUCUCGUCUGAGGACAUAAUGCGUCAGAUGCCGACAGAAGCGCGCAACUUCAAAGACGUGGACAAGGACUGGCGGACCAUCAUGGGCGCCACCUUUAAGGAACCCAUGGUCCUUCCAGCCACCGACUAUCCCAUGCUGCUGAAAAAGUUGAAGAAUAAUAACUCUUUAUUAGACGAAAUUCAACGAGGAUUGAACGAUUAUUUGGAGAAGAAGAGGCUGUUCUUCCCGAGAUUCUUCUUCCUCUCCAAUGACGAGCUGCUGGAGAUCCUGUCAGAGACCAAGGACCCGAUGAAGGUGCAACCUCACCUGAAGAAGUGCUUCGAGGGCAUCUACACGCUCGAGUUCAAUGCGGCUAAGGAGAUCACCGGCAUGACGUCAGCUGAUGGAGAAAUUGUCAAUCUGUCCUCGAGUAUACAACCUGCUGAUGCCAAGGGCAUGGUAGAGCGCUGGCUGCAGCAACUGGAGCAGCAGAUGAUAAUCUCGCUGAAGGACGUGGCGGCGGAGGCGGUGAACGGAUACGCGACUGUCAAGAGGGAGGAGUGGGUGCUCGCUUGGCCCGGACAAGUGGUGCAGGUCGGCUCUUGUGUGCAGUAUACCUCUGAGGCUAUAGAGUGCAUCACGAACCACACGCUGCCGGAGAUGGUGAACCUUUGCACGCAGCAGAUCACGGGACUGGUGUACCUGGUGCAAGGGGACCUUGACCCCGGCAACCGUAUCACGGUUGAAGCGCUCAUCGUCAUCGAUGUGCAUGGCCGCUCAAUAAUCGAGGAAAUGGUCGACAAGCAAGUGAUGGACAUAACCGACUUCAACUGGAUCGCUCAGUUGCGCUACUACCACCGCGCCGACAGGAUCAUUUGCUCCAUGAUCACCACUGAUGUGGAGUAUGACUUCGAGUACCUCGGGAACAUUGGCCGGCUGGUCGCCACUCCGCUGACUGAUCGCUGUUUCAGAACACUAAUGAGCGCGUUGAAGCUGAACCUGGGCGGCGCGCCAGAAGGCCCCGCCGGCACGGGCAAGACGGAGACCACCAAGGACUUGGCCAAGGCUGUCGCCAAGAAGUGUGUGGUCUUCAACUGCUCCGACGGCUUAGACUAUAAGGCCCUUGGCAAAUUCUUCAAGGGUCUAGCCCAAUCAGGCGCUUGGGCAUGUUUCGACGAGUUCAACCGCAUAGAAUUAGAGGUGCUGUCAGUAGUCGCACAGCAGAUCCUGUCCAUCCAACUGGCCAUCCUGAGGCGGGAGAAGCGCUUCGUUUUUGAGGGCACUGAGAUCAGUCUCAACCCUACCUGCGCUGUCUUUAUUACCAUGAAUCCUGGUUACGCGGGUCGAACAGAGUUGCCAGAUAACCUGAAGGUGUUAUUCCGCACCGUGGCGAUGAUGGUACCCGACUACGCCAUGAUCGGCGAGAUCACGCUUUACUCCAACGGCUUCGUCAACGCCAAACCGUUGGCCCACAAGAUAGUCCAAGCAUACAAGCUAUGCUCGGAGCAGUUGUCGUCUCAGAACCACUACGACUACGGCAUGCGCGCUGUCAAGUCGGUGUUGCUCGCCUCCGGGGCGCUGAAGAAGGCCUACACUCAGAAGGAUGAGUCACAGCUCGUGCUGCGAGCCAUCAUCGAUGUCAACAUGCCUAAGUUCCUGUCACAGGACGUACCGCUGUUCUCCGGUAUAUACUCGGAUCUGUUCCCGGGUAUCCCCAUCCUGAUCCCGGAUCGCGCGGAGCUGCUCAAGUGCGUUAACAAAGACCUUGACAAGCGCAACCUCCAGAAGACCGACUGGUACAUCGAGAAAAUUAUUCAGAUCUACGAGAUGAUCUUGGUCCGCCACGGGUUCAUGAUAGUGGGCCCUCCAAUGGGCGGCAAGACUCAGGCCUACCAGAGCCUGGCGGAGUCGCUGCGCGCGCUACAGCUCAUGAAGCCGCCGCCUAAGCACAAAGAGUUCGGAGCCAUCUACCGCAUCAUCAACCCCAAGGCGAUCACCAUGGGCCAGCUGUACGGGUGCUUCGAUCCCGCCUCGCAUGAAUGGUCAGACGGUGUACUAGCGAUAGCGUUUCGCGAGUACGCGAUGUCGAUCACGCGCGACCGCAAGUGGAUCAUGUUCGACGGACCCGUGGACGCCGUGUGGAUCGAGAACAUGAACACUGUGCUCGAUGACAACAAGAAGCUGUGCCUCAUGAGCGGAGAGAUCAUACAGAUGACGAACAAAAUGAACCUGAUCUUCGAGCCGGCGGACUUGGAGUUUGCGUCGCCCGCCACCGUGUCGCGCUGCGGGAUGAUCUACAUGGAGCCUGAACAGUUGGGUUGGCGAGCGUUCCUAGCAUCCUACAACGUCCACCUAAGCAAGAAGUUGAUCCCUGAACAGUUCGAGCUAAUCCAGGAACUGAUCAACUGGCUGGUGCCCGCCAUCUUCGAGUUCUUGCUCGUCAAGUGCCACCACUUCGUGCACGUCGGCGAGAUACAUCAAUUCUAUUCAUUCACGCGGAUGUUCUCGUGUCUGCUGGAGAGCGAGUCUCAGUUCAGCACGCUCUGGCUGCAGUGCACCUUCAUCUUCAGUCUGUUGUGGGGACUCUGCGCAUCUAUAGACGGUGAAAGCCGCAAGUUGUUCGACACAUUUUUCCGCAAGCUGUUGGAUGGCAACAUCUCCAGCCACCCUAAGCCCAAGUGCUUCAAGCUGACCAAGAACCAGCUGUUCCCUGACAAGGACCUGGUGUUCGACUUCGUGUAUGAUAAGCGCAACAACGGCACCUGGAUGCCCUGGGCCGAGCUCGAGAAGGAGGUGCCCGUGCCUCCGAACGCCAAGGUGAACGAUAUAAUAAUCCUAACCAACGAGAACGCGUGCCUGCGUUACUUCGUAACGAAAAUGGUUCGCUACCGCAUCCCGAUCCUCAUAGUGGGCCCCACCGGCACCGGAAAGUCCUCCUUGGUGCUCAACUUCCUGCUGGGGUUGGCCAAGGAGCGCUACAUCACUAACACCAUCAACUUCUCGGCUAGGACUUCCGCAAAUCAGACACAAGACAUUAUAAUGUCCAAAGUAGACAGACGACGGAAAGGCGUAUUUGGGCCGUCUAUGGGUAAGAAGUGCGUCCUCUUCGUGGACGACCUGAGCAUGCCUCAGAAGGAGACAUACGGGGCGCAGCCGCCGCUGGAACUACUGCGGCAGUGGGUCGACCACGGACACUGGUACGACCUCAAGGAGAUGGUGCGCCAGGAGGUGGUCGAUGUGCUGCUAGUAUGCGCCAUGCUGCCUCCAGGGGGCGGGUCCAACCUGAUCUCCUCCCGGCUGACGCGCCACACGUUCCUGGUGGCCCUGGACUCGUUCGAAGACAACACGCUCAACAAGAUUUUCUGCACAAUAAUGGACUGGCACUUUGCCAAAGGAUUCAAUGAUACGCUACAGAGGCAGAGCAAGACCGUGGUAUCUGCGACAAUGGAAGUGUUCAGGAACGUCACUACCCAGUUUCUGCCAACACCUAGCAAAUGCCACUACUUGUUCAACUUGCGUGACUUCGCGAGAGUCAUCAAGGGUGUCAUGCUGGUACCAUCCAGCAGGAUGAAGGACCUGAACAAACUUGUCGUCCUGUGGAUACAUGAGGUUUACAGAGUGUUCUACGAUCGUCUCAUCGAUGAGACGGAUAGGCUAAAGUUGUUCGACACGGUGUUCCACUCGGUGUACGGGAACUUCCGCGUGCACAUGGAGGCGGUGAUGAAAGAGACCGGCUACAUACCUGAAGACGAGAAGUGUUCCAACAAACACGCUGCUAAUAUCUUCUUCGGCAACUACAUGGAGCCGGACGCCGACCCCAAGAUCUAUGACCAGGUGAUGGACAUAGUGGACAUGGGUCAGAAGAUGGAGUACUAUCUGUCGGAGUACAACGUGGUGUCGUCCUCUCCAAUGUCGCUGGUCAUGUUCCGCUACGCGCUCGACCACAUCUCUAGAAGUACGCGAGUGUUGCUGCAGGAUAACGGUAACCUGCUGCUUGUGGGUGUUGGCGGUAGCGGCAGAUCUAGCGCAGUCAAAUUGGCCGCUAGCAUUCUUGAAAUGAACGUAGUUCAGAUUGAAAUAUCCCGGGUGUACGGUCAAAAUGAGUGGCGAGACGACAUUCGUAAGCUGCUCAUGAAAGCUGGCAUCAUUGGGAAACCUAUUGUGUUCCUCUUCGCUGACAAUCAGAUAAUGUACGAGGGUAUGGUGGAAGACAUCAACAUGCUUCUGAACACCGGCGACAUCCCCAACCUGUACGGCAUGGACGAAAAGGUGGAGAUACUCGACAAGAUGCAGAACGCUGUCAGAGAGGCUGGUAGGAAGAUGGAGACGACUCCUCUAGCUAUGUUCGGGUUCUACGUGGAGCGAGUGAAGGCGAACCUGCGCAUAGUGCUGGCCAUGUCGCCCAUCGGAGACUCGUUCCGCAACCGGCUGCGGAUGUUCCCCUCGCUCAUCAACUGCUGCACUAUUGAUUGGUUCACCGCUUGGCCAGCUGAGGCUCUGGAGAAAGUGGCGUCGAUGUUCAUCUCGCAGAUGCAUAAUAUGAACGAAGAGUUGUGCGAGUCUUGCGUCAACAUCUGCCAGCUGUUCCACAUGACUGUGGUCAAGCUCAGCGACAGAUUCUGGGACGAGCAGAAGAGAAAAGUAUAUGUGACCCCGACGAGCUACCUGGAGCUGAUCAAGGCGUUUCAGUCCAUGUACGCUAUGAAGGUGGAUCAGAUUAACAGGGCCAGAAUACGCUACGAAACAGGUCUGGAGCAGCUGGACUUCGCUGCAGGCCAGGUAGCGGUGAUGCAGCAGAACCUGCGCGAUCUGCAGCCACUGCUGGUGGAAACCAGCGAUAAGACAGAGAAGCUCAUGAUCAAGAUUGAACAGGAUACCGUCGUUGUUGAGAAGCAGAAAGAGAUCGUCGGCGCCGACGAAGCAUUAGCCAACGAAGCGGCGGCGGCGGCUCAAGCCAUCAAAGACGACUGCGAGUCGGACUUAGCCGAAGCCGUGCCGGCGCUCGAAGCCGCCUUGGACGCCCUUAACACGCUCAAGCCAGCAGACAUCACGCUCGUUAAGAGUAUGAAGAACCCCCCAUCCGCCGUGAAGCUGGUUAUGGAAGCAGUGUGCGUUAUGAAGGGGGUUAAAGGGGAUAGGAAGAUGGACGCUAACGGACGACCGUUCGAGGACUUCUGGGGUCCGUCGCAGAAGAUGCUAGGAGACAUGAAGUUCCUGGAGAGCCUCAAGAACUACGAUAAGGACAACAUCGCGCCCGCUAUCAUGAAGAAGAUUAGAGACAAAUAUAUCCCCGACCGCGACUUCGACCCGGCGGUGAUCUCGAAGGUGUCUUCUGCCUGCGAGGGUCUCUGCCGGUGGGUGCGAGCCAUGGACGUCUACGAUAGAGUCAUAAAGGUGGUGGCGCCGAAGAAAGCUGCGUUGCUGGAAGCGGAAACGGAACUGCAGACACAGAUGAACACGCUGAACGCCAAACGGGCCCAGUUGCAGCGCGUGCUCGACAAACUACAGACACUGAACGACGAAUUCGCUGAGAUGACGCGCAAGAAGAAAGGUCUGGAGGACGAGAUAGACCUGUGCUCCACCAAGUUGACGCGCGCUGAACAGCUGAUCGGAGGACUAGGAGGCGAGAAGACACGGUGGACUGAGCUGGCCGCCGACCUCCUAGAGCUGCUGGGGAACAUCAUUGGUGACGUGCUGCUCUCAGCCGGCUGCAUCGCCUACCUGGGCCCCUACACCGUUAACUACAGGCGAGAGAUCGUACAGUUGUGGAACGAACGGACCAUAGAACUGAAGAUCCCAUGCUCGGAACAGUUCUCUCUGAUCACUACGUUGGGCGAGCCGGUGGUGAUACGCGCGUGGAACAUCGCCGGCCUGCCCGUGGAUUCCUUCUCCAUUGAGAACGGCAUCAUCGUCGAGAAGUCCCGCCGAUGGGGACUCAUGAUCGAUCCGCAAGAACAAGCAAACAAAUGGGUAAAGAACAUGGAGCGCGAGAACCAACUGAAGGUGAUCAAGCUGACGGACUCCAACUACGUGCGAGUGCUGGAGAACGCCAUCCAGAUGGGCGUCCCCGUCAUACUGGAGAACAUACGCGAGCAGCUGGAUGCUGUGCUCGAGCCCGUGCUGCUGAGGAACAUCUUCAGGUCAGGCGGUGUGGACUGUCUGAAGCUUGGAGACACCAUCCUGGAGUACAACCACAGCUUCAGGUUCUACAUCACUACUAGGCUUAGCAAUCCACACUAUCUGCCCGAAAUUGCUGUUAAGGUGACGCUUCUAAACUUCAUGAUCACGCCGCAAGGAUUGCAAGAUCAGCUGUUGGGCAUUGUGGUGGCGCAGGACCGACCCGAGCUCGAGCUCAAGAAAAAUCAGCUGAUCGUCGAGGGUGCCAACAACAAACGGAUGCUCAAGGAAAUAGAAGACCAGAUCUUAGAGGUACUGUCCUCAGCGGGCAACAUCCUAGAAGACGAGUCAGCCAACAGGAUCCUAUCAACAUCCAAGGUUCUCUCCACGGAGAUCCAGGCCAAGCAAGCUGUGUCAGCCGUCACGGAGAAGGAGAUAGAUGAUGCACGUCUACUGUACGUGCCCGUGUCCAAACACGGAUCUGUGCUGUUCUUCUGCAUAUCUGACCUGUCCAACAUCGAUCCUAUGUACCAGUACUCUUUGGGUUGGUUCAUAAACCUCUACAACCAGGCGAUCUUGAACUCUCCCAAGAGUGACAUCCUGGAACAACGCCUUGAGGGGCUGAACGCAUAUUUCACUAAGAGCAUCUACGAGAACGUUUGCCGCUCCCUGUUUGAGAAGGACAAGCUGAUAUUCUCUCUUGUUCUCACCAUUGGUAUAUUGCGAGCUAAGGGUAAGAUAGAUGACGAGCAAGUGGCUUUCCUACUGACGGGCGGGGUGUCUCUGGAGAACCCUCACGCCAACCCGGCUCACCACUGGCUGACAGACAAGGCCUGGUCGGAGAUAGUGCGCUCCAGCAACCUUAACGAUCUGGGUGACUUCCGGGAGAGCUUCAAAAAGAAUUUGGUAGCUUGGAAGGAGUAUUACGACCUCUCCGCACCUCAGGAACACAACUUCCCUGCGCCCUUCGAAAACAUCAAGGGCAUACCGAAACUUAUCAUGCUAAGAUGCAUCCGCCCGGACAAGUUAAUCCCGGUGGUUCAGCAGUACGUGAUAGAAGAAAUGGGUCGCACCUAUAUCGAGCCUCCGCCCUUCGACCUUGAGAAGUCUUACAACGAUAGCAACUCCUGUUCGCCGCUCAUCUUCAUCUUAUCACCAGGGUCAGAUCCUAUGACCGGUCUGGUUAAAUUUUCUAUGGAGAAGAAAGUCAUCAGCUUUGAAACCAUCUCCCUUGGGCAGGGACAGGGUCCAAUAGCAGCAGGCAUGAUAAACACAGCUAUCCAGAAUGGUGGCUGGGUGGUGCUCCAGAACUGCCACGUGAUGGACUCGUGGAUGGGCGAGCUGGAGCGCAUCUGCGCCGAGGUCAUCAUCCCUCAAAACACCCAUCACAACUUCCGAUGCUGGCUCACGUCGUACCCUAGCAGGGCGUUCCCCGUCACCGUGCUGCAGAACGGAGUAAAAAUGACGAACGAGGCGCCGAAGGGCCUCAAGAACAACAUCUACCGGUCGUACAUAUCGGACCCGAUCAGCGACCCCGAGUUCUACAUCUCGUGUCCGCGCACCGAGGAGUGGCGCCGGCUGCUGUUCGCGCUCUGCUUCUUCCACGCCAUCGUGCAGGAGCGACGCGCUUUUGGUCCCCUGGGAUGGAACAUUCAGUAUGAAUUCAACGAGAGCGAUCUCCGAAUCUGCAUCAUGCAGCUUCAGAUGUUCCUCACGGAGUACGCAGAGACCCCGCUAGACGCGCUCAACUACUUAGCGGGUGAAUGCAACUACGGGGGCCGCGUGACCGACGACAAGGACCGCCGGCUCAUACUCUCUCUGCUCUCCAUAUACUACAACGAGGAGGUCACCACUAAUCCUGACUACUCGUUCUCCCCGAGCGGCAACUACAAGAUGCCCCCCAGCAUGGACUACAACUCCGUAUUGGAGCACAUCCGCGCGCUGCCGCUGAUUGCCAAGCCAGAAGUGUUCGGCCUCCAUGAGAACGCGGACAUCACCAAGGACAACAAGGAGGCUAACGCGCUGCUAUUCGGCACGUUGCUGACCCAGACGUCGAUCAUCUCGGGCGGCGGCGGCGCGGAGGGCGGCGAGGGCGGUGGCGGCGUGGUGGACCUCACCAAGGAGCUGCUGUCGCGCCUGCCGCCGCAGUACGACGUGUACACCGUCAGCCAGCUUUACCCCGUCGAGUACUACAACAGCAUGAACACCGUGCUCAAACAGGAGCUGAUCCGCUACAACCGUCUGGUGGCGGUGGUGCGGCGCACACUGCACGGCGUGCACCUGGCGGCGCAGGGGCUGGCCAUCAUGAGCGCCGAGCUGGAGGGCUGCAACAACGCCUUCGUCAAGGGCAUCGUGCCCUCCGCCUGGGCGUCCAAGUCCUACCCCUCCAUGAAGCCGCUGGGCUCCUAUGUCGCUGAUCUGCUUGCCAGGCUAAAGUUCCUACAGGACUGGAUUGACGACGGUCCUCCAGCAGUGUUCUGGAUAUCUGGCUUCUACUUCACGCAAUCAUUCCUGACGGGUGUGCUGCAGAACUACUCGCGACACAACGAAAUCCCCAUCGAUCAGGUGCACUUCGAGUUUACUAUCACUAAAUACGAAGGCGAUCUGCAGCAGGAGCCCGAAUUUGGCGUAUAUUGCAAGGGUCUAUUCCUGGAAGGUGCGAGGUGGAACCGGGAGACGAUGAUGCUCGACGAAUCCUUCCCCAAGAUCCUAUUCGACACUAUCCCCAUCAUCUGGUUCCAACCGGCGCUGAUCGUCAAGUUCAGCCCUCCCCCCAGUUACUUCUGCCCAAUUUACAAGACCAGCGAGAGGAAGGGAGUACUGGCCACCACGGGGCACUCCAGUAACUUUGUCAUGUAUAUCACUUUGAGGUCGGAUACCCCGCAGAAACAUUGGAUCAACCGUGGAGUCGCGAGUCUCACGCAACUUGAUGAUUAGGUCUAUUAUAGAAACAAUAGCUUCUU